AUGUCUUCAGUCAAUCGUCACACCUUACCAGAAGGCUCUCGGCCUGUCGAAGCCAUCCGAAAUAAUGGAUCCAACGAUCUGGCGCUGCAGCGCUGGAAGCUACGCGAACUGGCUGAGGGUUGGCCUAUGUACCGCGAUGCAUGCGAAUGGGACAAUUUCGAAUCCAUAUUCCACGAAGACGCUCAGAUUUAUACCACAUGGAGUGGUCGCGUUCAUUACAAGAAGUUUUUCGAGAUAUCCAAGGUUGGCAUGGACAAAGGCGCCUUUAUCAUGCACAGGUGCGUGGGAGCCAGCACCGAUAUUCGACCAGACGGUACUCGUGCUGUCACGAAGCUGAAGUCCACUAUAACUCAGCGAUUUGUCAUCGACGGAUGCGAAGUCGACGUGGAGUGCGACUGUCGGUUCUGUUAUUUGUGGGAGCGCGAUAACGCUGGAGAGUGGAAAGCCAGGCUCGUGAGGCACUGGUAUGAGAAGGACAAGAUGAUCCCGGUAAAUCCAAACAGAGUCCCGCAUUUGGAUGAGGCAAGGCUUGCAAGCUACUCUCCCGGCUACAAGAUGCUUGCUUAUGGCCAGGAAGAGACAAUGGAGGGUAUCAAGGUUCUUCAUGGCAUGCCAGGUCAUCGACGUGAGGACGCUGGUACCCCUUCGCGUGAAGCGCACGACAAGCUUUACCUUCAAUGCAAGAAGUGGUUGGAUGGACAGCCUAUUCGAGCGGAGGACUUCUGA